UUGACGAGACCGAAAGAAGGGACGAAGGCGAGAGAGAAACGUUGACAAUUUCCACGGAGUCUAUUUGCUGUUCAUCGCCGUCUGGUUCUACCUCAGUCGCUUCCAAUUGUUACGCAAACGUUUAUCGGGUCUCAACGUCGUCGAAACCCGCAGUUUGUGCGGCUCAAACCCGUGCGGCCUUGCAGUCUGGUUAAAGGGAAACCGAAGAAGACUAGCGGCCGCUUCCUUCUCCUCGUCUCUGGUUGAGCACGCCAACAUGGGACUAAAGUGAGGCUUUUUGCAUCCACAUCCUCUUGGAAGCAACCUCGGCCUCUCUCCGACACACCUCAGCUGACUUGCGUACAAAGAUGGACGUCUGACAGGGGGGGGGGAGACAAGAAGGUGACACAAGACAACUCCUCCACCCCCCGGCCAGCGCCCGCCAGCGGCCAUGUCGGGCCUCAAACGUCACCAUGACGGGAAGAUCGCCGGGCUGUAUGACCUGGACAAGACGCUGGGGCGUGGACACUUUGCCGUGGUCAAACUGGCCCGGCAUGUCUUCACUGGAGAAAAGGUGGCGGUGAAGGUGAUCGAUAAGACCAAGCUGGACCCGGUGGCGCGGGGCCACCUUUUCCAGGAGGUUCGUUGCAUGAAGCUGGUGCAGCACCCCAAUGUGGUGCGCCUUUACGAGGUCAUCGACACGGCCACCAAGCUCUACCUCAUCCUGGAACUGGGCGAUGGCGGGGACAUGUACGACUGCAUCAUGAAGCACGAAGGAGGCCUCAGUGAGGAGGUGUCCAAGUGUUACUUCGCCCAGAUCGUGCACGCCAUCUCCUACUGUCACCGCCUGCACGUGGUGCACAGGGACCUGAAGCCAGAGAACGUGGUGUUCUUUGAGAAGCAGGGCGUUGUCAAGCUCACCGACUUCGGCUUCAGCAACAGAUUUCAGCCCGGGAAGAAGCUCAACACAUCUUGCGGCUCGCUGGCUUACUCCGCACCCGAGAUCCUGCUCGGGGAUGAAUACGACGCGCCGGCUGUCGAUAUCUGGAGCCUGGGCGUCAUCCUCUUCAUGCUGGUGUGCGGUCAGCCGCCCUUCCAGGAGGCCAACGACAGCGAGACGCUCACCAUGAUCAUGGACUGCAAAUACACAGUGCCGCCACACAUCUCCGGCGCAUGCAGGGAUCUCAUCGGCCACAUGCUGCAGCGGGACCCCAAGAAGCGAGCGACUCUGGAGCAGAUCGAAAGCCACGAGUGGCUUCAAGGCAUCGACCCGUCCCCGGCCACCAAGCUGUCCACGCCGCUGGUCUCCCACCGCAGCUUGUUGGAAGAAGAGCACGGCUCUAUCAUCCAGCGUAUGGUGCUGGGGGGCAUCGCGGACAGGGAUGCCAUAACUGAGGCUCUGGAGUCAAACCAGUACAACCACAUCACGGCGACGUACUUCCUGCUGGCUGAGAGGAUGCUGAGGGAGCGGCAGGAGAAGGAGCAACACAGCCAGACCCGAUCGCCCAGCCCCAGCAAGGCUCAGUUCAGGCAGUCCUGGCCCACCAGAGUGGACGUCCACCAGGAUGUCAGCGACGGCUUGGGCGGACCAGCUAUCUCACACCCAGGGGGGCCUCAAUCCCCCGCUCGCAGUGCUGAGAGCCUCCACAAAGGCCCCCGGCCCAAAACGGCCCUCCUGGAUCUCAGUCAGAGGCAGGACAACCACACGGCAACGCCAAGCCAGCAGAACCAGGACAAGGGUCUCCGGCCUCUCUCCAAGCACCACUCCAACCCUCUCAGACUGGCCUCUCUGAACUCAGGUGGGACCCGCAGUCCCAGCCUUUUCAGCGUGGAGGAGGAUGAGGAAGAAGAGGGGGAGGACAGAUGUUUGUCCCCCUCUGGUCCUCCCGCUCAAGUGGUGCUUCGGUGCAAAGCCGCCUCCUCGUCCCGUAACCGCUUAACAUCUCGGAUGAGCGCUCCCGUUCUCAAUCAGAUCCACGAGGAGGAGAAAGGGGAGGAUGAUGAAGAGGAAGAAGAGGAGUUAAAAGGGCUUGGCCUGACCAAACCCAGCCUCAGCCUCAAUCUGAACUCUCGAGUCCCAUCGCCCUCGGCGCUCUCGCCUAAAACUGUCAACUCUGUGGCGCCCGUCGCCACCUUGACCCCGGGCUCGGAGACCAGUGACGACAACACGGAGAGUCAGCACUUAUCGGACGCUGCGGUUCUACACACGGACGGGGAGAGUAACGAGGAUGGUGAGAAAAGGGGGGCAGGCCAGGGUAGUCCCUCUAACUGCGCCAGUCCCGGCUCAGGUUCUGGCCAAGGGAAAGGCUCGGCGAAAAGUUCCACUGGUCUGGUGGAAAGUCUCAAGCUGAUGAGUUUGUGCCUCAGCUCCCAGUUCCACAACCUGACAGGCAGUGCUGGGGGAGGGACGCCCGGAAACGGCGCGGGCGGCCUCGGCGGGGACCCUCAGGAACGCCCCGUGUGGAGGAUGUGUGUGGGCGGCUCCACCGGCAGCCUGGAUAAAGUCUCACUUCUGGGGGGGCCGUCGCCCCGGGGGAAUCUCUACCAGCAGCCGCCCCCUUUAGGGGAUGCGCUGGCGGACCCGCUGCUGGAGGGCUCCUGCUCGGGGACGCUGAUGCUGGGGGAGCUGGAUCUGGCCCGGGAGAACCACAGGAACAUGAAGAACCGAGCCCUGCAGAUGCCUCUGAGUGACAAGACUCUGUCGGUCAACAUCCACCGCAGCCCAAAGGAGGGGCUGCUGUGUACCCCCACCCCUCACAGCUGCUGCCAGGUCAUCUAAGGGGGCGCCGCUCACAACACUCCCCCGUGCUCACCAGACAUGAGGGCGCACAGGUUGACACUUUUUGUAAAGAUGGCGGACGGCAACCUUGCACAUUUACAGAUACUUGGGCCUGUUUAAGUGCUGGAACGGAUACACACGUUCAUAAUAUAUCUACACAACGUGCACAUCGCUCACUGUAACAGCCCAACAGUUGUCAUCUCUUGUUACAUUUUGUUGCACUGUGCUGGUAUUUAAGACUUUUAAAUUAUUUUUAACCGUUUUUCUAUUAUUUUUGACUGAAUUACAUUCAUGACUUCAUGCAACCCUUAAGAGAUCCUGAAAAAAGAUUGCAUAUUUGACCUGAAUGACAAAAAAAAUGUCCAAAAAAACUGCUAUCAGCAUCAAAUAUCAGCUAUUAAUAUUUGCUUACACUUGAAAAAAUAUGUCAUUAAAUAUAUAAUACAGGUCAUAUAUGAUAUUAUAUUUUUGAAGUUUUUAAGAGUCUUAUUCACAUUACUACUUUUUUCAAGUGGUAAUGUCCUCUCGCCCCCAAAAACUGAUAUAUUAAAAGGUUUUAGUCAAUAUUGUAAACAAAAAAGAACGAUUUCAGACCAAAAAAUACAUAUAUUUUGGGAGAUUGGGGGGACUGGUAUCUUUCUGCAUGGUUUGAAUGGGGAAAGAAUAGCACCAUCUGGUGGAUGAAAAUGGAAAGGCAGAAAUCUACAUAACAGAUUGCUUGUUGGGAUUUUUCUUUAAUUUGCAUUUUCAAUGAGACAUUUUGUCGUGAGGAUCAAAUGUGUCACCUUUUGUGUUGCGUUGAAAUGUUUGAAAAUGAAUAUCCUGUACCAAAUUCCUCUUAUAUUUAUUCAACUCAAACAAAAUGCCCCCCGGGAUCUCUCAAGGGUGAAAUAGGGAGGAAUUGAAGAGAGGUGCACAGUAUUUUGUAGUUCCAUCUCUUUUAUUUUUAUAUGUGUCCACCUUGGAAGGGGUAAAAAAAAAAAAAAACUUAACGCACAUGUUAACCAAACAAAGAAGUGUGCAUACUUAAUGUACAUAUGUGAAUAAGACUCUUCAUCUAGUGUUGACGUAUCGCAGUAGAAAGCUGAAAAAAACUAGAUCCGUUCUUUUUCUGUUCAUGCUGGAUAAGGUUUUGUUGCACCCACAACUUGAAGUGACUCGACUGGAAGAAAAAAAAAACAUGACACGUGUGCGCACGUGCACACACAGACAUACACAAAAUGGCAGCUCUUAUGUUUAACAUUGAAAAAGGGAAACUCCUGGGUGAACCUGCAGGUACGGGAAUGACGGUAGCCGCUGUUGUAGCGUUAUUCCAUAAAGGAGGUCGUCUUCUUCCCCACCCCCAUCACCGCCUCCAGCCCGCGACUCCCGCCUUCCCCGUCAAGCAUCGCUGUGUGUAAAUUGGACGUGUGACUCACCCCUCGUGGAAUAUAUACAUAUAUAUAUAUCUAACAGUGCAUGUGUUUUUUGCUGUAGCAACCUUAUUGGCACCCACGGAGGUCAACCCACCCGCAGUCUACGAUCUACUACCUGAGGAACAACCGGUCACUUUAUACUGUAGCCACACAGCAAUACCAGCGACUGCAAAAUGUACUACAAUAAUGGAUGUGCCAUACGACCUGUCUUGAGCAUAUUGUACUGUAUGUAUAUGAUAGAGAUAUAUUAGAAUAAACUGAUGUGAAUGAAGCCUGAAUUCAUCGUUUAGAUUUAUUUUACAUGAUUUUCGCAGUGACUCUCAACUGGCGGGUCUAUGCGUAGGGAAAAAAAAUUACCCGAUGUUCCGACUAUAGUAGCAUGCUAGCAAUCAGGAAGCUCAAAUUGCUAUUCAAUAAUAAUGCUAGUGCUAAAGCUAACAAAGAAAUGCUAACAAUAAGACAAUGUAAGAAUAAUUAUGCUUAGCCACAG